GAAAAUGAAAAAAAAAUAAAGGUAACCUGAAAGAAAGAAAAACCCCAAAUAAACAAAUAAACAAUAAAUAAAGACUAUGUCCAGAUAACUUACAAGAGAAAAAAUGGCCACCAAGCAUAUUUUAAGUGUUUGGUUGUGAUAGUACUAAAAUAUGUAAAACAGUGUGAUAGUUUUUUGUUAAUCAAAUUAUUAUAGAGUUUAUCUAAUUCUCCAUGAUGCAUUUUCUGGAAAGCGAUUUACCAACAUGUACCAAGAGCCUUAAACAUAUUCAUAUCCUAAGAAACUAUUUUAAAAUGCAGGACAAGAUUUUUGUUCAGGAUUAUUCAUUACCACAUUAUUCAUAACAGGAAAACACAGGAAAGAGCUGAGUGUCUUAUGCUUAAAUAAAUAGUGUGUAGUUAUUUUACAUAUGUAAUUGUGAAAAAUUUUAAAGAAUACUUGAAUUAUCUGAGAAAAUGGUUAGACUACAAAAACUUAAAGCUAUAUACAGAAGGAUCCUACAUGAAAUGUAUAAAGGUGUAGGCAACAGACUGAAUAAAUAUGUUAAAAUGUUAACAGUGUUUAUAUCUGAUCAUUGGUUUAUGGGUAAUUCGUUUCUCUGUUUAUUUCUUAUAUACUUGAAUUUUUUCAAGUUUUGCAUAAUGAGAAAUUUUAAAGUCAGAAAAAAAUUACAAGAAAAGUCAAAGUUGUCCUUUUUCCAGCCACCCCCUUCUCUUGUCCAAGCCUCCUAACUAGAUGCCCAGGGCCUGCCUUGUUUUUCAAGGGGAGGAACGUCUUUCAUUCCACUGCUGCAGAUGAAUGGCCUGUAUGGGAGUGCUCUUGGUACUCGCUCCCAUUAAAGUGUAAUUCAUCAGUAACCAUGAGGGAGGCAGAUGCCUACUCUUACAGGAGAAGAAAGCACAACUAAGCUGUAGAAGCAGCAUCAAUGGGGACAAAUGAGGAAGGGAAGACGCAAAGGUGUUACUGGGGGAAAAGAAGGUGAAUGUCACCUACUUCAUAAUUUUCUUUAGGGCCAUCAGUGUGUACCUUCCGCGUUGCUCAGACGUUUUUAUUUUGUUCAGUGUGGGAAAAAAGCUUAUCAGAGUGUUGCUACAGAGACUGAAAACUGCAGCUUGCUUGCAUACAAAAAAUUGCCAGCUCCUCUUGUGGGAAAUCAGCAACAAAGAGAGGGAGGCCCAGGUUUCUGGAAAUUGAGUUUAUUAGGAAGAAUAUUUUGUUGACUUCUGCACAUCAUUUCAGAUUGAGGAGACCUUUCUUCAUUAAGUCAAGAUCACCAGAAAAGGUAAGAGAGAAAUAUUUCUUACACAGGCUCCUGCAGGAAUAGAUUAAACCUAGAUACCAGCUAUUUUUCAUGACAUGAAUGUGAAACAGGUUCCACAUAGCCAUGAGUAGAGAGACUUCUGAAGGAAAACGUGAGCGUAAAACAGGUUUUAGUAUCAUCAUUUAAAAAAUAUGUGUCUAUGACUAUUCACGAGUGGUUGGGUGCUUAGAAAGCCUGAAAGGCUCAGUCUGGGCUCACUAGUCAAAGACAGCCUGAGGGAGUAAAAAGAACCAGACAAAGGAUGUUCACACAACAAUGAAUCUGGAGAAAAGAUGGCACAUCAUUUGAUCUUACUGAUUCCCAGGCACACAUAGUUCAUUUUCUUUGUGCUUUGUGUAAUUACUUAUCUGUGUACCUUGUCAAUAAGGUGGUCUCUGUUUUUUUAGAAGUUCCAUUUUCCUUCAAGACACAGAUAUGAAGCUCUCUUUGACAGAUUGUCCUCUCUUAAACUUCAGGUCUGUAGUUGGCAUUUCCUUUUAGCAUUUAUGUUUUCCCCCAAGCAUUCAAUAAUCCCAGGAUGAUUGAAGUAUUUUAUAGGAAGUCACAUAUGGGUUUCUGAACCUUUUUAGAUGGGUGUAGUAAAGAUGAUAGGUUUGGAGAAACUCUACCUCUCAUAGAUUUUUAAAGAAAAUGACCUUUGGUACCCCCAAAGAGGCAGUUAAGCAGAAAUUCCAACUGCCGGCCCUUUAGAUUUUCUAAGCAUGCUUCUGGACUUCCUAGCAGGUGAUUGGCUGCUGCCAAAGUUAACUGGCCUACUGAACCAGUAAACUGAAAACUCAACUCCUCAUUUUCAAUCUUCUUUCUCAGUCUACGUGGAAGAAAGCUUAGGAAAACACAAAAAAGAAAAUUGCAACUUGUUGGACAUCCUGUUAGGAGGGAAUUGCAGUAAGAAAUAUUAAAAUAAGCGCCUUAUUAUAGUAUGAAUUUACAAUAUCAUCACUAUUUCAUAGUGGAGUAACUCAAAUGAGCCAGAAGCUGGAAGAGGCAGGUUCCUUCUCUGGGGCAAUUCCCAAUUUGGUGUUAGAGAAGAGGAAAUGCCCAGAUAUGUGACUUACAUUAUGUAAAACUCUUAAGUGGGAAUGAAAACUGGGGGUACUUUGCUAACAGGAGGAGUAGGGAGUGGGAGAAGAAGUGGCUUUAAUACGUAGGAUAUGGGUCAGAACUAGUUUUAUCAAGUGGUUAUUCUGGGCAAACUAGCUGUUAGAGGUUUUAAGUAUAUUCAUGUAAUUCUCACAACCACCCUGUGAAGUGGCUAUUAUCCCUAUUUUACUGAAUAGAAGAAGUACCUUUCCAAAGAUCAAACAUUUUAGUGGACAGAAUGGAUCUUAGGCCAAAGUCUAUGCUUUUUCUCCAACAUGAGAUAAUUGUUGAAAGAAGGUAGUACCAAACUGAGAACAGUUGUAAUAUUGAAGAAUGAGUAGCAGACUAACAAAUGCCUGGUGCAGAAUUAGGAAGUGUACAUUGGCAGUUUGGGUGAGAGGUGAAAUCUAAUCAUGUCCUUGAUAGAGUCAUGUUUUUAAAUUUUCCUUCUGGGGCAUCUUUGUAUGCUUACUCAUCUACUGAAUUAGGAGACUUUGGUUCUAAGAUCAUCUCUGUCACGAGCUACUAAUGGACUUUGGACAUGUUACUUAAUGUCCCUUAUAUCAGUUCUAAAGUACAUACCAUCUCUAAAUUAAAAAAAAAAAAAGAACAAAUAUAGGCUGAAUUACUAGAAUUAGGGGAUGGGCAGCUAAUAGCAAAGCCGUAGAGAGCCCAGAGACGGCUCCUUAACUGUCUCUCCCUUGAAUUAUGCUCUCUCAGGUUUCUUUUCCUUAAAGAAAACAUUGAAAGCCUUUUAAAGUAGGUUUUUAGUUUUUUGGUCAAACAUGGAUACAACCAAAUAGAUACAACUACUCAAAUGAAAUUAGAGAUCUUUUUAUAUUUAUUUGAGAGAACUGAGUUGGAACAACUUUGAGGAUAACUUAAUAAUAGCUCAUCCAAACUGGAGCCCUGGAGCAUACCACAUUUCAGUUUUCCAGGGAGGAGCAAAACUGAGGAGUUCUGGUAAUGGUGGUAGGUCAUUUAGUGUGAAUGUUAAGCCAAAUAAUACAAGAUGUUCCUGGUAAGGGCACUAUUUUCAAAGUUUCACGGUGAUAAGUUAUCCAUUUAAUGUUAGGUUCAUUCUUACAGAGAAAGUAUAAUUCAGCAUAGCACCAUGCUGAUACAGUUUUGAUGUACUCUUUGUUUCAUCUUAGCCUUGUGAAAACAAGUUAUUUUCUCAGAUAACCAAAAAAAAAAUGCACUCAAAGAAAAAAAAGCAGUUGUCCCUUAAUCCACAUGAUAAAUAUGAUGACUUUAAAAAUCCAACAAAUGUUUUAGCUUUUAUUGUCAAUUAAAUGUAUUGAACCAAGCAAAUCAAUUUUGAGGGAGGAAAAAAACAUUAGUUAAAUUGAAUUUACUCAGCAGUUGUCAGAAAUGACACAGGGUCUGGAUUUUGCUCUACCUGCAGCUGGUAAGUCAGUCAGUUACUGUUUCUUGGAUGCAGGCAAAAGACACAAGACUGCUAGGUCAGAGACAAAGGACUUUAUCAUUCACAGCAAAAAUGGUAGCCAGAGAGUCAGCAAGAUGCUCUUUCUCAUUCCCCUGUCCUCCUACCUGCAAAUCCCAUGGAGAAGAUAUCCAUCAUGCAAGCUGCAUUAGUUUAUUAGGGCUACUGUGACAAAAUGUUACAGGCUGGGUGGCUUAAAGAACAGAAAUUUAUUGACUCAGUUUUGGAAGCUUGAAGUCUAAGAUCAAGGUGUUGGCUGGGUUGGAUCCCUCUGUGAGCUGAGAGGGGAGGAUCUGUUAUUGGUCUCUUUUCCUGGCUUGUAGGUAGAUGGCCAUCUUCUCCCUGCAUCUUCACAUCAUCUCCUCUGUGUGUGUGCCUGUGUCUAAAUUUCCUCUUCUUACAAGGAUACCAGUCAUUUUGGAUCAGGGUCCACCCUAAUGAUCUUAUUUUAACUUAAUCACUUCUGUAAAGACCUUGUCUCCAAAUAAUAUGAUCACGUUCUGAGGUAUAUGCGGGUUAGGACUUCAUCGUGAAUUUCGGUGGAACACUAUUCAGCUUCUACCAGAUGCGUGGUUACACAUCUAGUAGGGUGCAUUACAGUGGAGGAACACUGAGCUUGGGUGACGCAUCAUGGAAACAAGCCUGCUCUUGUUCAGAGGGGAUAUUACCUCAUCCUUCAAGGUUGCUUGCUGAAAACACAAUUCCGAGAAAAGACCUGGGUAAAGAGCGUCAGGGCCUUGCGUUCUUGGCACACAGCAAGAACAUGCAGGGAUGUAUGGGACCCAUGUGGACUGUCUGUCUCAAAGCAAUGCAGUUAAAAUCUCAGAUCAGGGAGCAACUGUGACAGCAUCACUCUUUACCAACUCGGGUUCUGUUGUACACAGCUGUAGAAUCCAUCACACCUCUCCAAUAGUCUUCUACACUGGAGGAAAGCCUCAGCCACAGCUCUUUAGUUUGCAAUAAUUAUAUUUAUAAAUAUCUUUAUAAUACCAGUCAGGAAGUAAGUGUGCAGCUUAGUCAACUAUUAUGUUGUCUACUUUUGUCAACAUAAUGGGAAAUAUAUUUAACUUAGAGGAAUAGAUGAUUUCUUUACUGUGUAGUUGUUUAUAGAAAAAAGUACUCAAAAACAUGUUCAGAGUAAUUGAAUGGAAAUAACUCUUAUUUCUUUCAAUAGAUGGACUUGCCACUUACAUAUGUUAUAAUUUUAUUUUGGAACAUAUUUGAUUUUUCACCAGGAAAAAUAUAUUAUAAAGGUGAUAAGGAGAAACACUUUGGUUGUGCUACCCAAGGAUUCCCCCAAAAUAAUGAAAUAAUAAAGUUGUAUCGUUCUUCAGAUGACUUGAAAAUCCAGUGUUUUUUACAUCAUGAAGGUGAGCUUACUUCAAAGGAAUUUCUAAGUGUGUUCACAUCAAGAGGCCUCGCUCCCAGUUUGAGAAUCAUAAACAGUACAUAUACUGGUGUCUUCCAGUUUAAUUUGACCUUGUUCAGAGAUCAGAUUUACUGGUUGAUUGAUAUUCCCAGAGAAAACAUUACAAAAAAUACAGAUAUUGCAGCUGUAGAAGAAUGGUUAGUAAGAAUCACUUUACAACAGGGAUUCGAUAUUUAUACUACUGAAGGAACACUAUUGGAUAGUAUUCGAGAACCUAUUCUUCAGUGGAAGCUUGGGACUGUGAUGACAAAAAACAGUGUCAGUAGAUUAUAUCCACAUGUGGUAGAUCUCAAAGUGACAAAAUGCCCCUGUGCCAGUGAUGUAGCAUUGCUUGGCUUCAAUGCAGCAUAUGAUGGUAUGUACAUAGGCCUCAGUUUUUCUGGAUUUUGGAAUUAUGAUGAUACUAUGUGGUAUAACCUGACAGAUACGAUCUAUUCCUUGGUUGGAGAAGGGCACUCAGGGCUCUCAGUGGUGGAUAUGGUUUUAACAAAUCAUUUUUUAGUUAUCCUCUCCUCUUUGGGUCUUUUUGUAAGUGGAGAUCUUCGGUAUCCGUCAUCUCCUGUCUUAACGUUUUCAAGGGCAGACUUUUGUGGUUUUGAAAGGGUUGACUAUAUCAAAGGAAAAUUGUGGUAUAAUGAAAGAUGUUUUGCUAACAGAGAACACUUUGAAGUUGAUUAUGUUGCUGUCACCUUUGAGAGAAACAAGACCCUAAGUGAGGCAAGCUCUUGUUUUUAUGGCAAAGAACCAUUUCUUGAAUGGCUACCUUGCUUACCUCAGAUUUCAAAAGGAAUAAAAGCUAUUCCUUCAAUUGUGAAAACAUUUCUUGUUGACCCAGAGCAUAGAACUGGAGUCUACCUCCUCUAUAACCAGACAAAUACCAUUGCCUCUGUGAGAAUCCUAGAAAAUAACAAACCAAGAUUAAAACAAAAAUUUCCGCUUUUCUCAUUUCCUUCAUCAUUCUCUUCUGUUGGAAUGAUAUUCCAUCCACGAAGCCAUUUUCUGUAUGCUUAUGGUAAUCAGGUUUGGCUUUCAGUUGAUGGCGGCAACACUUUUGAAUUAUUAGCUGACUUUCAUGAUGAUAUCAUAAAGAAUACUUACCACAGUUUUUAUUCUUCAGCUAUAACUUUUGUUUCCCAGAGUGGAAAGGCUUACUUGACAAAGGCAGGAUUAGGAAGAUACAGUAAAAUUGGAUCUAUUUCUGAUAAAAUUUUUACCUUAUACUAUGACCACAUGGGAUUUAUCCAUAAACUGACUCCAGAUCAUUUUGAAGCUGGUGGGUCACCUGAAAACUUUGGAAAUUCUAAAGGUAUUUUUGGAAAGGCUCCUGAUAUGGGCUUCGAGACUGCACUUGCUCCACAGUUUAUUACCCUUAAUGAAAUUAUCUUUUAUGCAUAUGUACCCAAGAGUGAGCCUGAGGAAAGUGUAUCCACCAAGAAAUUCAACAACAUGCACUUCGGACAAGUGAUACACUCCAGGAAAACUGGAACAGCUUACAUAAGAAAGAUAUUGCAACAUAACACUCCUGAAGGAUUUUUGUCCUCUGUUAUUGCAGAAAUUAUAAACCCUUUUGGAGUAGAAGAAGUGAAUGAGAGCUCUUGUUUGUAUAGUUCCCUUUCCAUUAAUCAUGCUGGGGAUUUCUCCUAUAGGCUUACUCUUCAAUUACAAACUCCAGGUAUUAUUUCUUUAUUUGAAGAUUCGGAUAUAGAGAAGACUGUGGUGAUUCCUGGUCACAGCAGCUUCCUCAUCACAAGCAUCAUAGACGGUGACAAUGCUUUGGCUGUUGCCACCAUGCCUGGGAGAGCACCUGACAAAAUGACCUUUCUGAAAGACUCCUGGUUCUUAUACGACUUUGGGCAAAGGAAUGGGCGAACAUGGAAUAUAUACGCAAGACCGUGUAAUUACCAUUUUCAGCAACAUGAUGACUCACUCUCCCUUAAUGUCCUGAAAUACAUUGAUCUGGGGAAAUCCCAUGCUUUUAAAGUAAAGGUCAUACAUAAUACAAAAGGUAUUCGAAUGCUUGAAAUUCCAUUACUGAAAGUAAUUGUUGGAAACCCGAAUUUGUUGGAAGUUAAAGCUGAAGGGUCUUUUGAUGAUACUGAUAGUUAUCGAGUGGAAAUUUCUGCAGCUAGCAAAGUUUUACGUCACGGUUCAACUUCGCUGGCAUUAAUUGUCUGGGGAGCAUCAACUGAGUGCUUUGUUACAACAAUCGUGCCAACAUUGAAAAGCAGCUGUAGUUAUCUCAAAUCUAUGCAUCACAUUCCUAGUAAAAUUAUCCCACUGGAAGACUGGAUUAGUGGCGUUCACAAAGACAGUCAGGGUUUUAAUCUGAUCAAAACAUUGCCGAUAAACUAUAGGCCUCCAUCCAAUAUGGGAAUUGCUAUUCCACUCACAGAAAAUUUUUAUCAUGCAGAUCCCAGCAAACCCAUACCAAGAAAUUUAUUUCACAAGUCAAAGAAAUCUGGUAAAUUCAAACAGUGUGCUAAUGUGUCUACUCGGAAAGAGUGUAAUUGCACAAAUGAUCAAAAGUUUUCACAUGCUGUUGCUUUCUCAGAUUGCAGAGAAAAGGUUCCUCGUUUUAAGUUUCCAGUUACACAAUAUCCAAUUUCUUUGGAAAUUCACAGUGAGGAUGGACAUAUCCCAGUGCAGUAUCCAUAUCUGGUUACCGUAACUGAAGUGAAUAGGAGGGAAAACUGGGAACUAAAACACAGUGUGCCAGAAAAUGUAAAAAAACUGAAAGAACACUUUGAAUUGACUCUUCAUGCUCCAGUGUAUAAUCCUUUAGGCCUCAACCUAAGUAUAAAGGGCUCUGAGCUUUUUCACUUCAGAGUGUCCGUUGUUCCAGGGGUCACUUUCUGUAACUUAGUUGAAGAAUUUCAGAUUUAUGUUGACGAAGUACCGUUGCCAUUUCCGGGACACACACUGAUCGCCGUUGCAGCAGCUGUAGUGCUAGGGGGACUAAUUUUUACAGCAUUUAUGUUUAAAAUACGUAACAUCCACCCACGGGAUAGGUACCAAAAACUUAUUAAAAGAAGCAACACUAAGUUAUCAAACGUCAGUUGCAAUCAGCCACCUUACAGAUGAAAAUCUGAAUUGCAAGCAAAUUAA